AGGCUAAGAGAGAAAAGCCAUGGCUGACAUGGUGCUGAAGCAGAAGAGGAAGCUGUUUAUCCGUUCAGUGAACACAGGCACAAUAAAUGGCUUAUUGGAUGAACUAUUAGAGAAAAGAGUGCUGAACCAGGAGGAGAUGGAGAAAGUGAGACAUGAAAAUGCUACAGUUAUGGAUAAGGCUCGAGCUUUGAUUGACUCUGUCAUUCGGAAAGGGCCCCAGGCGAGCCAAAUAUGUAUCGGUUAUAUUUGUGAAGAUGACUGCCACCUUGCAGAGGUGCUGGAGCUCUCCUCAGGUCCACAAUCUGGAAAUUAUAAUACACAAGACUCCUCAGCAGUGAUUCUUCCCUUCUUGGGUAAUGCUCUUCAUGCAAAGCAAGACAACCUGACUAAGCUCACAUUCCCAGGACCAAGAGGGAGCCUCAAGCUCUGCCCCCUAGAAACAGCUCAAAGGAUUUGGAAAGAAAAGUCAGCAGAGAUUUACCCAAUAAUGGAAAAAUCAAUUCGCACACGUCUUGCCCUCAUUAUCUGCAACACAGAGUUUAACAAUCUUCCCAGGAGAACUGGAGCCGAUGUUGAUAUCAGAGAUAUGAAGACGAUACUAGAAGAUCUGGGCUACACUGUGGAUGUAAAAGAAAAUCUCACUGCUUCGGAUAUGACUAUAGAGCUGAAGGCAUUUGCUGCCCGCAAGGAACACAAGACCUCUGACAGUACUUUUCUCGUGUUCAUGUCUCAUGGUAUUCGAGAUGGCAUUUGUGGGAAAAACUACUCUGAAGAAGUCUCAGAUGUAUUGGAAAUCAACACCAUCUUUCAAAAUUUGAAUACUCGGAGCUGUCCAAAUUUGAAAGACAAACCCAAGGUGAUCAUUAUCCAGGCCUGCCGUGGUGAGAAUCAAGGGGUGGUGUGGUUAAAAGAUUCAGCAAAAGCUUCUGAGAACAGUUCUUCACUGCCUCCAGAAGAUUUCGAGUAUGAUGCCAUUAAGAAAGCCCAUAUAGAGAAGGAUUUUAUUGCUUUCUGCUCUUCAACACCAGAUAAUGUUUCUUGGAGACAUCCCACACAGGGCUCUCUUUUUAUCAUGAAACUCAUCAAACAUCUCCAAGAACAUGCCUGGUCCUGUAAUCUGGAGGAAAUUUUCCAAAAGGUUCGAUUUUCAUUUGAGCUACCAGAUGGUAGGGCACAGAUGCCCACCACUGAAAGAGUGACUUUGACAAGAUAUUUCUACCUCUUUCCAGGAUAUUCCCCGCCUCCUACAAAAAGGAAAUGGCCAGUAACUUUCAUUUUCAGGACUGUGGCUCUCUUCAAGGCAGCAGGAAGGGACAAAGGCUGUUUCCAAAUGGCUGAAAACCACGACAAAAAACCACUUAAGGUUUUGGAAACUUUCGGUAAAGAAAUCUUAACUGGACUUUUGGAUGGCUUGGUGGAAAAAAAUGUUCUGAAACUGGAGGAAACUGAAAAGAAAAAAUUUCAAGAUGCCAAACCUGCAGACAAGGCCUGGGUCUUGGUGGACUCUGUGCGACAGAAACGCCACGAGGCAGGUCAAGUCCUUGUCCAAACCUUCCUUAACACGGAUAAAAAUUCCACCAGUACAGAAGCUCUUUCGAAAAUAGUGGCGGGACCUGUUGAGUCAGCAGAAUCUACAGAUACCCUCAAGCUUUGUCCUCAUGAAGAGUUCCUGAAACUGUGUAAAGAAAGGGCUGGAGAGAUCUAUCCAAUAAAGGAGCGAAAGGACCGCACUCGUCUGGCUCUCAUCAUAUGCAAUACAGAGUUUGAUCAUCUUCCUCUCAGGAAGGGUUCUGAGCUUGACGUUACAGGGAUGAAGGAGCUGCUUGAGGGCCUUGGCUAUAGUGUGGAUGUGAAAGAGAAACUCACAGCCACGGAAAUGGAGUCAGUGCUGCGGGAAUUUGCUGCCCGCCCAGAGCACAAGUCUUCAGACAGCACAUUCUUAGUAUUCAUGUCUCAUGGCAUCCUGGAUGGAAUCUGUGGGACUUUGCAUAGUGAUGAAAAACCAGAUGUGCUCCCAUAUGACACCAUCUUCAGGUUAUUCAACAACCGCAACUGCCUCAGUCUAAAGGACAAACCAAAGGUCAUCAUCGUCCAGGCCUGCAGAGGUGCAAAUCGUGGGGAAUUGUGGGUCAGUGACUCUCCAGCAGCCUUGGCAGACAGCCAUUCGCAGUCACUUGAGAACCUGGAGGAGGAUGCCGUUUACAAGACACAUGUGGAGAAGGACUUCAUUGCUUUCUGCUCCUCCACCCCACAUAAUGUGUCCUGGAGAGAUAUCACAAAGGGUUCUCUCUUCAUUGCACAACUCAUCUCAUGCUUUCAAAACUAUUCUUGGUGCUGUCACCUAGAAGAAGUAUUUCGAAAGGUACAACGAUCAUUUGAUAAACCAGAUGUUAAAGCCCAGAUGCCCACUAUUGAGCGACAGUCCAUGACAAGAUAUUUCUACCUCUUUCCUGGCAAUUGAAAAGGGAAAUCACAGGCAGUCCAGCUCUUCUUUAUCAAUUUCCAGAAGCACCCUUACCAGUACUGCACACAUUAUUUAAACUUUAAUAUCUGAAUAAAAAUAAAAACAAACUGUCUUUUGGGUCCUCUAAUAGAGAAUAGAACUUCAAUUAAAAUGGUGGGUGAAUGAAAAUGAAGUGGAGGAAGCUAACUGAAUUUUCCAGCUUUAUGACUCACAAUGUCUGUUCACUGAGUGAAGACAACUAGCCAUGACUUGCCCUCAGCAAUUGGAUGAAAGGAGAUAUGCCUAUCUGGAAGCCAAGAACUGUAAAUUGGCCAGCUCCUCACUUGUAUACUCAUCAAACACGGGGUCUAGAAUGGUCUAGAGAAGUUUUCUCAUUUAUUACCUAACCUAUCACUUCUCAGCUUUUUGGCCAAAUGUAAUUUGUUACCUAACUAACAUCAUAGGUUAAAAUAAUUUCUUUUUCUUCAGUAAACUAUUAUUUUAGUAAAUUAUUUCCAUGUAUCUUUCUUUCAUCUUGCUAUAAGUUAAUUCAGUUUCUUGUUGAUUAUUUUAAGAUUUUAUUCUUUAACAAGCACUUGGUUAUUGUCUAAAAUAAAUUGAGCUUUUGGUUUUA